AUGCUUGCAGCAAGUGUUCAGGGCCAGAUGGAGUCCACUGUGAAGAGUGCAGACCUGGGCAUUCCAUCUGUUUUAGACAUUGACGAGUGCGGCAUCGAGCUGGGGAACUGUUUGGAGAACAGCUACUGCUUAAACACACAAGGAUCCUUUGAGUGCAGAGAUGAGGAUGAGUGUGAUGUAUCAUUGAAAAAAGUAAAUGGUUUGCCAGGUUGUGAUGUGGCCUGUGUGGGCUGUAUGGGGAGUGGACCAGCUCGCUGCAGAAAAUGUGCUCCUGGAUACAGACUGACAGGGCCCAAAUGUUUAGACAUCGAUGAAUGCAGUGACAGGGUGCUCGCCUGUCAUGGUCUGGAUGAGAUUUGCAUCAACACAAAAGGCUCGUUCCGUUGUGAGUGCGCCGACGGCUUCAUCCAGAAGAACGGUGUUUGUGUGAGGAAACAGCUGCCCAGUGUUCAGGAGAAAGGUCUGUUUGAAGACAUCCAGGACGACGAAUUGGAGGUGCUGCAGCAAAUGUUUUUCGGGGUGGUGCUUUGUGCUUUGGCUACACUUGCAGCCAAGGGCGAUCUGGUCUACACAUCUGUUUUUAUAGGAGCAGCGGCAGCCAUGGCGGGUUACUGGCUCUCUGAGAGAGGGGAUCGUCUGCUGAACAGCUUCAUGAAGGGGCGUUAACGCUCCAGAACUGUUAACUCAAAAGACACGACUAACAGCAGGCACAGGGACCACGGCUUGUUGAAGUGAUUAAAGAGGGCAUGCGUAAAUGUUUUAUUUUGAAAGUGAAAUUAGGAGCUGCCGUCCAAAAAAGUGGAGUUGGAUAAUGUAACGUAUCUUUUGAUACACUUUAAACAAAUCAGGGACUUUUAUUUUAUAAGUUUUAUACCUUUUUAUGUAGUCUUCGGUUACUGCAGUUUUUAAGAGAAUCUCUCUACCUAAAGGCUGAACAUUAACUAAAAAUAUUGUUUUUAAAUGUGACUGUUCAAGAGAAGAGGCUGUCCAGACAUACGCUCCCAUUCUGACACAAGUGCUUUUACUGUGGGAAAACAAAAAUUCACAAAAGUUUAUAUAAAAUAGCGUUCAUUUGAAACACUACGAAAUUCUUUAGAUU